GCGACGAAAUCAUCACAAUAAUAAUAUAUGUGUUGCAGACAUUAUAUACCACAUACAUGUACGUGUAUAUCAUUGUGCCCGUAUGUGCAAUUCUGCCUCUCUCCGGCCACAGCCGAAUUCAAACGAGCCAGCAGACGGGUCCCUCAAAAGACUGGGAAUGACAGAGAGAAAAGAUGAAGUUAAUCAACCCGCCGAACCCGGCACGGUCAAACUUUACGGAGUGACGUGGCCAUGGUUUGUCACCCAGGAAGCGCUGGACGCACUGAAGGACUACGACGUGUGGGACGAUGACGUGUGGAUUGUCACCUACCCAAAAGCAGGCACACACUGGGCCAUGGAGAUUGUCAAUCUUAUACUUGUGGACGGCCAUGAGGAAAGAAUCAACCGCGCCCAACAGUCCCACCCGGUGGAGUUCGACCUCAGCCAGCCAGGAAGGUCGGUUUUUAAGGAACCCCGUCCCCCGCAAUACAAGGCGAUGGCGCAGUGGACAGCCCCACGGGUGAUUAUGACGCAUUUAACGGAGGAGCUCAUGCCCAGCCAGAUAUACCAAGGGAAAGGAAAGGUCGUGUACGUCAUCCGAAACCCAAAAGACACGACUGUGUCGAACUGGAACUUCGUGAAGCCCAUGAAGUUUGAUUCUCGGUACGAAAAGUGGGACUACUUCGUCAAAUUGUCUUUUUCUGAGGAAAUGGUGUUUGGGUCGUGGUUCCCCCACGUUUUGGACUUCUGGACUAAGCAUCGCUAUGACAAAAACUUCUUAUUCUUGAAAUACGAGGACAUGAUAAAGGACAAGAAGAGAGCAGUCAUACAAAUAACCGAUUUCCUGGGAAAGCACCUGUCGGAUGACGCAGUGGACCGGGUGGUCGAGUUAUGCAGCUUUCAGAGCAUGAAGGCGCGAUUUAACCUCUCUCAGCCUAGCGCCAAAGAAGCGCCACCAUCGGUUCCACCGAGUGAUCAAGAGAGUGCGCCCCCUGACGAUCAGGCAAAGCCACCUGCUGAUAAAGGAGGUUUAGGGGCCCCUUCGAUUCUUAGGAAAGGAACUGUUGGAGACUGGAAGACGAUGUUCACCGUUGCACAGAACGAAGAACUGAACGCCCUCUUCAGGGAAAAAAUGGAGGGAUCAGGAUUGACUAUAGAAUUUGAAUGAAUGUAAUAUGUGGAGAUUAGAGAUGAUCUGAUCGGUUCGUCUUCUCUUUUUGAUUCUUUACAACCAGAACAAGUUUGUACACUCAUGUAUCUCUUUUUAAGGCUAGCUGGGCUAGAAACCAAAAUGUAAAUAAAAGAAUAUAAUGUUAUUAAUAUUAUGUUUAACAUGUUGUUAUGUUAAUUAUGGUAACAAGGUUCAGGAUAAUUUCCAUUUUAUAAAGUAGUUCGGUACAUGUAAAUGCAAAAACUUAAAGGAACUUAUUUAUUAUAGCACGGGGAGUUCAGACAAUAAGCCAACGCUUAUACUGGGUGUGCCCGUGCAAAGAGAAUGCAAUUCACGAUUCAGAGAAAAUGAUAAUGCAUACUGAAACACAAAAUUCACGAAUUCAUGAACUAAGAAAUUUGUUAAAUCACAAUGGACAAAUGAUCAUUCUUAACUUAAAUUUUCAGAUGUUAUUAAAGUCUUUGCUUGACAAUUACGUUAACAUUCGCUGAAUUAUCAGCAACAUAAACCGCACUGAGAAGCAGCUUCUUUUGAAAAUAAUACCUAACAGGUUAUAAUUAAUGUCAAUGGACGGACUGAUUGAUUCGGUUCCUAAGUAGGCUCCCCUCUCUCUAAGAGUUGAAAAGUGAAGGGAAUGAAUUUCUGUCAGCUCUUCAGUGCAUAGGUUUGUUGUGUUCGGUAAACUCAUUACAUGUAUAUAUUCCAUACGAGUUAAAUUGCACUUAUCUGGAGUGGCCAAACAUGUGGAUUUCAUUUCAGUCAAGAAAUAAUAAAUAUGAAUUAAGUGAAGUGAAUGAAGGUGCAACAUGCUCCACAGGUCAAGGUC